CAUUUACCUUGUCAACGCACAAGAAAGGUUUCAAGCGCGCCUAAGGAUCUUGAAUCGGCCAGAGAGCGCUUGCCCAAUGCAGGAAGACACUGGAUUGGAAUCAACGAAUCAUUAUUGCUGAAAAUGUGUCGCUCGGGACUACCUCCAUUAUCGCAUUCGAGGCUUUUGGUUCGCUUCUAUAAUGGUAAAACCAUAGCCCUCGAAAAACCUAUUAUUCCUCACGCAAUGUCUGGCGUCCCCGCACAGGAAAUGAUGAAUAAAUUUGGAGAUGUAUACACAAACAUGAUAAUAGAAGUGCAGAUUA